AUGUCGACUGUUGCCCGCCCCAUGAAUGAUGAGGAGGUGUUCUCCGAGAUGAACAAAAUGGUUGCGUUCAUCAAGCAGGAGGCCCUCGAGAAGGCUCGCGAAAUCAAGGUGAAGGCCGAUGAGGAGUUCAACAUUGAGAAGGCCAAGCUGGUGCGCCAGGAGUCGAUCAACGUCGAGGAGCAGUUCCAGCGCAAGGUGAAGCAGGCUGACGUAAAGCAGCGGAUCCUGAAGCUCGACGCUGGUGAACAAGUCGCGUUUGCAGGUCCUGCAGCAGCGCCAGUCCCUCCUGGACACAGUGUUUGUCGAUGCACAGAAGGCGCUGGGUCGAGGUGUCGAGCAACACAGAGACCUACAAGGUCACUGCUGGUCAGCCUGGUUACCCAGGCGCUGAUCCAGCUCAACGACACCAAGGUCACCGUACGCGGCCGCGCUACUGACAUUGCGCUGAUCAAGGAGGCUGUGCCGCAGGCCGUUGAGGGCGCCAAGGCGAAGACCGGCAAGGCGGUCGAGGUCUCGGUUGCCGAGAACGCGCCGCUGCCGGAUACUGUGCUGGGUGGCAUGCUGCCGCAGCUGCGCAACGUCCUAUACGGCCAGUCGCCCAACCGCAAGUUCUUCAACUAGUGCAACCAGGGGUGUCUUUGAACUGUAGUCCUUUCGCCGUCGUAAUAAAUCCCCGUCUUGCCCAAUGAGCUCCGCUGCCUGUCUUUGGGCGAUUUUACUGCUGCCAAAGCCAUGUCGACAGCAUGCGUCGAUUUGCGCGCCUAAGCCACACAAACCGUCGGGCAUGGCGCCGGCUUGGUUUGAUGUUGAAGAGAAAUAGUAGGCAGGUACUGCGCUCCUUGC